AUGGAGCACGUGCUCCACCUCGCGGAGUACUGCUGCGGCGUUGGGAAGGGCUGCAAGUGGUCCCGGAGCGAGUGCAAGGGAGAAGAUGCAUACAAACUGAAUGCAGCAGACUCUGCAAUGACAGCGGCGUCUCCAGCGGUGAUUGAAGAAGGGGCAGCGGCGGCAGCAGAAAAGGACGCAGAAAUGAGUGCGCCAUCAGAUGAUAGAAAAGCUGCGGCCGAGUUGGAAUUUCUUGACCUCUCAGGGAGCUGCCUCACGGAGUCACAGGCGCUGUGGCUGGGGACGAUUAUAUUUCACCCUCGAUGCUCUCUGCGUCGCGUCGACCUGUGUGAGUGUGGAUUAGGGAAUGCUGGGCUGCGCGCCCUGCUGCGAGAGGCGGCGUCGAGCCCACGUCUCGGUGAUGCUGUUGUUGGUGUCACGCCACUUGAUGUGUUGGCUCUGCGCUGGAAUGGUGUGACGGAGGACGAGAGCUUUGGUGGGAUUCUCAACCGUCUAGAUGAAUCUACAUGCAAUAUGUAUCUAGAGGUGCACGGAAAUUACUUGUCUUCGUCCGUACAACGUCGGCUCGCGGACAGAGAGGCGAAGAUGAUGCCCAUUGUAGUGGCCCAGCGGCGGGCGCGGCGUGCUGAGGCGAAAGUAGUGCAGAAUGCCCAAGAACAUCGGAAGCAGGAGCAGCAGCAGAAACCAGAGCAACUGGAACCUUCAUCUUCCUGUUAUGCCCUGGGCCUUCUCCUCUCCAUCGAUGAGAACCCACCGUCAUCUCUGCCAUCUCUCCAUCUGUUAGCGUCACUUCUGUAUGCACGUGAGUGA